AUGGGACGAGAGGAGAGAUGGACGGAGGUUCGGCAUACCAAAUCAAACAGACAAAAGGUAGAUACAAGGUCAAUAUGGGGUGCGAAGAACGGCAAAUGUGCAGAAAAUGGAAAUGGAGCAGAAAAUGAGAAGAACAACAUCUCAUCGUUUUUCUUUACGGAAUUUCUAGAAGGUUUUAAAGCUAAGAAUAUGUUUGAGGAAUUUAAACAUUUUGGCUUGGUGAAGGAAGUUGUCGUCCCCCCUAAGAGAGACAAGAAGGGGAAACGUUAUGGUUUUGUCAGAUUUAGAGAUGUUGAAGAUGCAAGGGUGUUGGCAAUCAUACUGGAUAACAUUAUGAUCGGAGGAAAGAAGAUACACGCUAACAUACGGAGGUUUCAUCGUGGCGGCAUUAGAAAUAAUGAUGGAACCAAUCUACAAAUGCAUUAG